AUGAGGUCACUAUUAAACAUGGAAAGAAACAUGGCUGAGGAAAACAAGAAGAAUCUUUAGUUUAUUGAAGAGGUGCUGACUACCAAUGUUGAUGAAGUCCAAAACAGAGUUCUUGAUGAAAUCCUCACUCGACAUGCUAACAUUGAGUACUUGCAACGCCUUAAUCUGAAUGGUCGUACUGAUAGAGAGGCAUUCAAGAAAGUCGUGCCUGUCAUCACCUACGAAGAUAUUCAGUCUGAUAUCAACCGUAUAGCCAAUGGAGAUAGAUCUCCUAUCCUAUGCUCCCAGCCCAUAUCUGAAUUCUUUACAAGUUCUGGGACGUCGGGAGGGGAGAGAAAAUUGAUACCAACAAUAGAGGAAGAGAGUGGGAGGAGAUCACAGCUUUACGGACUUAUGAUGUCUGUGGUGAGCCGAUUUUUUCCAGAUUUGGGAAAGGGCAAAGGAAUGUAUUUCAUGUUCAUAAAGUCUGAAGCCAAAACCCCCGGAGGAUUAUUGGCUCGUACUAUUUUAACUAGUCUUUACAAGAGUAGUCAUUUAAGAAACAACAAUAGUCGUGUGUCGCCCUACACGAGUCCAAUUGAAGCCAUUCUCUGCCUAGACUCUUACCAAAGCAUGUACUCCCAAAUGCUUUGUGGCCUCUGCCAAAACAGAGAAGUCGUUCGUGUUGGCUCUGUGUUUGCAUCUGCUUUCAUCCUUGCCAUGCGAUUCUUGGAGGAUCAUUGGUCUAUACUAUGUAACGAUAUCCGAACAGGAACCAUUAACUACAAAAUUACUGAUCCUUCAGUAAGAGAGGCUGUGAUGAAAAGCCUCAAACCAGACUUGGGGUUGACUGAUUUCAUUGAGGCUGAAUGCAGCAAGAACUCAUGGCAACGGAUCAUCACUAGGUUGUUGCCUAAUUAUAUACCAAUGCUCGAUUAUUCCUGCAAUAGCGUCCCUAUUGUUAGUACUACGUAUGCUUAUUCAGAAUGUUUCUUUGGGAUCAACUUGAACCCCCUUUGUAAGCCCACGUAUAUCAAUCUAUCGCCAAAAACAUAUUUUGGUGAAUUGCUUUAA